AAGAUAAGUGUUUUCAUGGCGAAGAAUAAUUUAAAUCAUAUGGAGGGGAAUCAGCACUCCUUCGCGGCAGAGAACAGUGGAUCACAAUGCUCAUAGUAGAGAAGACUGCUGACCAGCCCUCUGCUGAGUUCUCACUGGUCGAGGAUGUGGCACUACACUUCACCUUUUUAAUGGACAGGCUGAAUGAGCAGCGCCUAUUCCAGCCAGACCUGUGUGACGUGGACAUCGUGCUUCUGCGCCACAAGACCUCUUUCCAGGCACACAAGGGUGUGCUGGCAGCAUAUAGCCCCUUCUUUCACUCUCUGUUUGCCUCAAGCAAGGAACUGCAACGUGUGGAGCUUUCUCUUGAGGCCCUUAAGCCACAAGGCCUGCAACAGAUUCUGAACUUCAUCUACACCUCUAAGCUGCUGGUUAACAGCUGCAACGCGCAGGACGUCCUCAAAGCUGCCACAGUCCUUCAGAUGAGUAACAUCGCUUCCACCUGUACUGAGCUUAUCAGCAGAGGCUCUCUGAGUAUCAUCCCCAGUGUGGACAUGGCAAAGCAGGGUGCCAGCACUCAGGGAUGGAUCAAUGGCAAUAGCAAUUCAACAACCUCUAGUCUCUAUGUGGACAUCAAACAGGAAGCUGACCCAUCUAGUGCCAAAAUCUAUGGGAAGGAAAGCGGAGGAAACCUGUAUGCAGUGCAUGUUGGAGAUGGCGUAGGAAAGUCUGGACAUACAGUGAGUGUUCAAACUAAGCAGUAUUUCAAAAAUGAGGAGAGCGAAGAGGACCGGGAAGUUUGCAAAGCUGAUGAGAAAAUAGAAGGGGUGAGAGAAUCAGAAGAUCAUGAUCAUUCUUCAUUCAAUCGAGAGCAGAUCAUUGUGGAACUGAAUUUGAACAAUCAGACCUUGAAUGUGUCUAAAGGCCCAGAAGGGAAAUCUUCCCCCACAGCAACACCAUCAAGCAUUGGGCAGCAGGGGCCUGGAGGGGAGAGAAAGAACAAUAGAGACGUUGAUGAUGAUGAGGAGGAGAUAGAAGAAAACAAUGAUGUAAACAUGGAGGAGCAAGAGGACAAUCAGAGUGAAGAAGAUGACCCAAGACAUGGAGGCACUAGUGAGGAGGAACAUGUAGCAGCAACACAUGGAAACCUCACAAUACCAGACUUCUUGUCUCAACGACCUCGGCGGCAAACCAGGGCUGCAAGGGAUACCAUGGCAACUGUUUCCAUGAGAGCCAGUUUGAGGGUUAGGCAGGACAGAGGUCACGGUGGGAGCAGUGCGGAUCAGGAGACCCAAGGGCAGAAGGUUCGGCUGGAGGAAAGACAGCACUUUCCAUGUGGGAAAUGUCCAAGGAUUUUCAACAACCGCUGGUAUCUGGAGAAGCAUAUGAAUGUGACUCACAAUCGUAUGCAGAUUUGUGACAAAUGUGGGAAACGCUUCUUGCUGGAGAGUGAACUUCUGUUGCACCAUCAAACUGACUGUGAGAAAAGCAUACAGUGUCUCACUUGUGGGAAGGCUUUCAAGAAGCUCUGGUCACUACACGAGCACAAUAAGAUUGUUCAUGGUUAUGCAGAGAAGAAGUUUACCUGUGAGGUGUGUGAGAAGAAGUUCUAUACCAUGGCACAUGUACGCAAACACAUGGUUGCCCACACAAAGGAGAUGCCAUUCACCUGUGAGACAUGUGGCAAGUCUUUCAAAAGGAGCAUGUCUCUGAAGGUGCACUCCCUCCAGCAUUCAGGAGAGAAGCCCUUCAAGUGUGAGAACUGCAGCGAGCGCUUCCAGUAUAAGUAUCAGUUGCGUUCUCACAUGAGCAUCCACAUUGGCCACAAACAGUUCAUGUGUCAGUGGUGUGGCAAGGACUUCAACAUGAAGCAGUACUUUGAUGAGCAUAUGAAGACUCAUACAGGAGAAAAGCCGUAUAUAUGUGAAAUCUGUGGGAAGAGUUUUACGAGCCGGCCCAACAUGAAGCGCCAUCGUCGCACGCACACUGGGGAGAAACCCUACCCCUGCGACGUGUGCGGGCAACGAUUCCGCUUCUCAAACAUGCUGAAAGCCCACAAAGAAAAGUGCUUCCAGGUUAGUAACCCUAUGACCUCUGACAACCCUCCUCAAGAAUUUGACUCUGCCUCCAUGCCUAAUCAAAUGGAGGUCUCAGCCAAUCAGGUGUCCUCGAUUCCAGUGGGGCCAGCAGCAAUUAGAGAUAUUAGUUCUCAUCCUCAUUCUGUUGCUUCCUUUUCCUCUUCGAUGCUUCGGUCAGUGGGUGAAUUCCCUCCUCAUUCUCACCUGCACUCUCUACCACCCUUGUUCCCUUCUGGAAGAGUGGACUCCAGUAACAAUUAACUGUUCUACUGUUCUGUGUUCUUGUCUCUUUUUCAUAUUAACUCAGAGGUACUUCUCAUGUAGCAAAGGGUCCUGUGAGACAGAAUCUGGCGUCCUGUCUCUCUCUCACAUCUUAUGAAAUCUUAUAUUGUAUAGAUAAUGUAAUACAUUGUAGCUGUCCUUUUGUAUGUUCACAGUGAUCGUAACUUGUUUUGUCCU